AUGAGCAAUUUAAUUAUGAGGAAGAAGAAAAAUCUUGAAAUUGAAAGUUUAGUAAAUUUAGAUGCGGACGAAAUUAUGUCGGGUCUAGAUAAAAUAAUGAAAGAAAGUGUAGAUGAUAAUGAUAUUCAUAGUAUUGGUAGUAAUAGCGAUACUGUAGAUGAUAUAGAUGGAGAUUGGUUUGGAAUAUCGGAUAGUGAUGAAGAUUGGGCCGUGAACAAGUAA